AUUGCUUCCAAGUGAGGUCAGCAAAAGGUAUUUAUCGAAAAGCAUUGAACAACAACAGGCUCAACACACACAGAAAACCCCUCUUGCGUGUUGAUUUAUGGAAACAAUUAGGAUUGUGCUGGAGUUUUUCUUAGUUGAGAAAUAGUGUGUCGUUUCAGAAUCUCAUGUUGCAAAAAGCAGGCUGCAGAAAUGGAAUAUGUGUAUAUCCAGCUGUUAUCAACAAGAACAAUAAGUCCAACUAGUCCAGAACAUUACGAGUGCAAGAGUUAUUCCAUCCUGAUCUGAGAGAAAUUGUGGCAAGACGGCAUUAAAGAUUUAUGGCAUAAAAAUCUGCAAAAGACAACACGGAACGUGUGGAAAUAUCCUAAGGUGUAUUGUUUGUAUAAGCAGUAAAUACUCCUAGAAGGUCUUUGACCUAAAAACAGACAUCCACCCAAUAUUUAAGUUUCAUUAUGAUGUUCAUGAACACCCUGAGCACUGCACUAUAAUGCGCAAAUGGAUACUAACUUGGAUCCUGCCAACUUUGCUCUACAGACCAUAUCUUCACAUCAUCUUUUUACUGGGUACUUUAUCUCUAGCUUGCAAUGACAUGACUCCGGAGCAAAUGGCUACAAAUGUUAACUGUUCUAGCCCUGAGCGGCAUACCAGAAGUUAUGAUUAUAUGGAGGGAGGGGAUGUAAGAAUCAGAAAACUUUAUUGUCGGACUCAAUGGUAUCUGUGGAUUGAUAAGAAAGGUAAUGUGAAGGGUACACAGGACCCAAACAACAGCUACAGUAUUCUUGAAAUAAGAACAGUGUCAGUUGGUGUUUGUGCAAUUAAAGGUGUUCAUAGUGAAUAUUUUCUAGCUAUGAACAAGUCUGGAAAACUCUAUGCAAAGAAACAAUGCAAUGAAGACUGCAACUUUAAAGAAUUAAUCCAAGAGAACCAUUACAACACUUACGCAUCAGCAACGUGGAAACAUAAUGGGAAAGAAAUGUUUGUCGCUUUAAGCAACAAAGGAUCUCCUAUUAAAGGAAAGAGAUCGAAGAAAGAAAACAAAAGCUCACAUUUCCUUCCACUGUCAACAUCCUAACCGUAUAUAACCUUUUAUUCAUCAGUUCCAGCAGAAAUAGUUUUUAUUUUCAAAAUAACAAUAUGAAAAUACAAGAAAAGCUGGAUCUACUACUGAAAAACAAGCUGGACUUGCACAAGGUUGUUAGAAAGACUGGGAAAUUAAAAGAAUAGAAAGAAAAUAGACUUUCAGAUUUACCCAAAAUAUAAAUAAGUUGUAAAAAAAUUUUGUUUAAUAUAAUCCUGGGGUAUUAUUUUUUGUUAAAUUAUAUAGCCCCAAAGAAGGAGGAUUGACUUGAUUAUCUGCUGAUUUAUAUUUAAAAUAAAAAUCUGCUUGUCAAAUGUGGCUGCUAUAAAAAAUGUUUUUUUCCAUAAGGGCAGAUAAUUGGGUAAAAUAUAUCGGAUUUUUAGGCUGCUGGAAUGAGGUCAGAUAUUCAAGUCAAUUCUGCAUGCAGACAUUGAGCAGUACAUUAAAGAAAUCCUGUAUUGAAGAAAAUAUAUGUAAGCUAUAUUAUAAGAAAAAAUAUUUUUUUAUGUUGACCAUGGCAUUCAAAUAAAUAUGUAUGGAAUGAGAAUAUACUAUCACUUGUUAAUUAUAUCAUUCCUAGGAAUGCCUAAUGCUGCUCAUAUUUAAAAGCAACAGUACUACCAAAGCAUUACUUAAUUCUUUAUGCACAUAAGAACAUCAGUCUACUGCCUUAUAAAUUAAAUAAAAGCAUUUUUAUAUAAAA